CGACCAGUCCAAGCAGCUCUUCCAACAAAACACCCGAGAAGCAUUUCUCAGCCGAACUCUCAGAGCCGCGACCAAAUCUCAAAUCAAAAAUCCCAAAUUCCGCCCCAAGAUCCGAAAUGGAUCCGAUUAUCGAACACCCAAUGGCCCAAAACCCAAGACCCCCAACAAUUCUCGAAUCCCUGGGCGAAGAACUGAUCAGAAUAAUCACUCCGGUCUCCGUCUGUAUGCUGCUGGUGGUCCUUCUGGUCACGGUCCUAAACGACGACGCUUCAUCCUCGUCGGAGACGGUGAACUCAAUCGCCACCAUUGCCUACGACGAGACCGCCUCGGACUCCUCCUGGGACAAAUUCGUGGGUGCCCUCUUAAACGCCCUCGUUUUUGUCGCCGUCGUCACGGUCGUCACGUUCGUUUUGGUGCUCCUUUUUUACCUCAGAUGCACCAGGUUCCUCAAAAUCUACAUGGGUUUUUCGUCUUUUGUUGUUCUGGGAUUCAUGGGCGGAGAAGUCGCCUUGUUUUUGAUCGAGGACUUUAAUGUUCCGGUCGAUUCGAUUACGUUUGUUUUGGUGUUGUUCAAUUUUGCUGUUGUUGGGGUUUUGGCGGUGUUCAUGUCGAAAAUGGCGAUUUUCGUGACGCAGGGCUAUUUGGUUGUGAUUGGAAUGCUGGUUGCUUAUUGGUUUACGUUGUUGCCCGAGUGGACAACUUGGGUGCUGUUGGUUGCCAUGGCAUUGUAUGAUCUUGCCGCGGUUUUAUUACCCGUCGGGCCGUUGAAGUUGUUGGUGGAGCUCGCAAUCUCUAGGGAUGAGGAGAUUCCGGCUCUGGUUUACGAGGCCAGGCCCGUGAAUGCUCAUGAUUCUCAGGGUAAUGCGGGUGAGAGGAGGGUUUGGAGAGAUAGGAGAAAUGAGAAUUCGAGUAAUGGGAAUGAGAAUCCCGGGUCAAAUUCUAAUGUCAAUGUCGAUCACACUUCAGGUUUGAAUUCAAGUUCGAAUCUUGGUGAGUUUGGCAAUGUUAAUAAUGAUUCGAGUUUGGUUAGAGCCGAAGAGGGGCGGAUUCCAGAUAGGGGUCAAGAGCUAUCUGCCCCAUUACUCGAGCGUGUAGCAAAUGUUCCGCCUCGCAGGCAGGAAGAUGUGGCGAGUGAAAGUUUGUUGCUUGAGGGCAUCGGAUUGGGGUCCUCCGGUUCAAUCAAGCUGGGAUUGGGAGACUUCAUAUUCUACAGUGUUUUAGUCGGGAGGGCAGCAAUGUAUGAUUUUAUGACCGUGUAUGCGUGUUAUCUUGCCAUCAUAGGUGGCCUUGGAGUUACUCUGGUACUGUUAGCUUUGUAUCAGAAAGCUCUGCCCGCUCUUCCCGUUUCAAUAAUGCUCGGCGUACUGAUUUAUGUAUUGACACGGCUCUUACUCGAAGUUUUCGUUGUACAAUGUUCUUUGAACCUCAUUAUGUUCUAGAAGUGGAAGUUUUAUUGCAGAAGAUUGACAGGCAGCUGCAGAAUGUAUAUGAAGCAUCGGAGCAUACUAUGUGACACCGAUGAUUUCUCGUUGCAACCGGUGUAUUUCUUUUCUGUGAACUGGUUGCACGUCCGGAAUCUACAUUGUUUCGUAAAGUUCAUUUCAAAUAGGGUAAGAUUGUGAUUUUGAAGUUCCAUUGGAGUCCGACAACUGCAAGUUUGGGAGACGGGAGGACGGCGUUUGCAUCGGAGCAUCGGAGGAAGCCGGAAGGCCUACAUAUGUUUGUACCAAUAACAUUAAAUGUUUGAUUGUUUGUUUCAGCUAGAUUCAGUUGCAUAUUGAAAUCGAUGUUCAUUGUACCUAGCACAUAAUAAACAAAAUAAUUAAAACGAA